UAGCGCUUGUAAACACAUCAAGCUGACAUAAGUUAUUUUCAUAGGUUAAUUUCUUGAAUGUUUCACUAUUUGCAGCACUUGAGACUUGAGAACCAACACAAUGAACAUAAUCUCUCAUUAAUAAAAUUUGAUUUAUAAUUAACAAUUUGAAACGGAUCAGCAGUACUAAUCUACGUUAAAAUAAGAUGAAGGCACUAAUACAGAGAGUUAAGAAUGCAAGUGUUUCUGUUAAUGAUGAAUUAGUGAGCAGUAUUGGACAAGGGCUGUGUGUAUUGAUUGGCAUUUCAUCAAAUGAUACCAGAAAAGAUAUGGAGUAUUUGGUUCGCAAACUUUUAUCAUUGAAAAUCUUUAAUGACGAAGAGGAUAAUAAAAGGUGGAAAAGAAAUGUUGUAGACUGUGAUUAUGAACUUCUUUGCGUUAGUCAAUUUACAUUAUAUAAUACUCUUAAGGGAAACAAACCAGACUUCCAUUUAGCAAUGGCAGGAGAGCAGUCAAAGGAGUUUUAUGAAGAAUUUAUUCAGAUGCUAAGAGAUAAAUAUAAACCAGAGAAAGUCAAAGAUGGCGUGUUCGGUGCUUACAUGCAAGUGACCCUACAGAAUGAUGGGCCAGUUACAUUGGAAAUUGAAUCUCCAGUUAUCAAAGAAAAAGUGGCUAAAAACUCAAACAAAGGCAGUACUAAGGAUGAUUAUGUUGGUCUAAAUGCAGAUACAACAAGAUAGAACUAAUAAUAAUUAAAAAAAUCUAGAUUAUAUUACUAUUGUUAUUUAUUAUUAAAAUGUCUGUUAUUGUA